AAUCGGCACUAAUGACACGUAGCAUACAAACACUAGCAUUUAAAAAAAAUACAGUUUCUAUGCAACACCUUGAUAAUUAGUGUCAAAAUGUUUGGUCAAUGCUUUGUGAAAUGCAUCUGACUUGAUAACAAUAUUGAGUAAAGAGUGUAUGCCAUUUGUUUUUCCAGGGGCAGCAAGGAGUUUCACAAGUGUGUUUGUUCAUGAACAUUUUAUAAACGGCCCAGUUUGACUCUGAAGGAUGGAGCGGUCCCAGCGAUAAAAGAUCCCAGUCAUGAUUCAGAACUGCAGACGGUAAGUGAAACAGCAUCAAAUUCACCAAGGCGCAACCAGGAGCUCUGCUUUUUCCAGAGAGAAUCAUGAAGCUGUAUCUUUCUUUUAUAAACAUAAUAAAACUAAAGCCUUUUUGAGGUAUGUAGGAUGCAGUACUACUCUAUACUCUUGAUUAAAAUGAGACUGGGUGAAACUGUGUGUUAUGUUCCCUUUAAUUUCAAUCCAGCUAAAUCCCAGCCUCAGCCCAUUCAAAAGUAGGCUACAGUACUUAUAUAGAAACACAUAGCCUAUAAAAUAUAAGUUAUUGUCAUGUUUUUUCACUUGUUUAACAAUUAAAACAAACAUCAAAAUACUUUGUGAUUUAAAAAUGAAUGCAUGAAAGGAUUCGUGUGGAAAUAGACUUUGUAGCAUCACACAGUAGGCUAAUAAUCAGUCUGAACAUUACAGUAGCUAGGCAAUGUUUAAUAGGCUAUUAAUUCGCUCUGAGAUUUAGAAUAUCUAGAUAAAGUGCAAUCAAUAAUUUUUGGUUCAGGUAUAAAUUCAAGCUUUCAUCUUGAAUUUAGGCGCUGCGUAGCUAGUACUCAUAAAGCGACUAGACAAAGCGCACUUGUUUUGGGGUUGCCUCUGAAAAAUAACCCACCGAGAUUACUGACCUGCACUAACAAAGUGUUCGUUCAUAUAUCAACCAAAAGACAAGUGCAAGACCGGGUUGCCUUACAGACACGUUUUCAAAAGCCUCCAAAACAAAUCAGCUGUCCGCUCCUUAUACAGCAUGAAUAAUCCAGGAACUCUCACAGCCGAGAAACGUGACUCUCCCAACAGGAAUGAAGUCCAAUAUAAUGGACUGAAAAAUCAAGGUGCCACCUGCUACUUAAAUGCAGUAUUGCAAUGUCUAUUCAUGACCCCAAAAUUCAGAGAAGCAGUGGUGAGUCAAAACGUGCCAGGAGAUUGUGGUCAGGAAAAUCUCUUGCUACAACUCAAGAAGCUGUUUGAACAGCUGUCAGACAAAGCAGCCUCAACUGAAGGAAUAACCAAGAGUCUUGGAGUAAGAAAUGUUUUUGAGCAACAAGAUGCCGUGGAGUAUUAUCGGAAGAUUUUGAAAGCAAUGGGGACACAUGCCUCUAAGGUCUUCGAAGGGAAAAUGAGCAACAUAACAAAAUGUUGUAAAUGUGGCGAGGAAACCAAAGAAACCAACACCUUCAUCUCAAUACUUCUGUCUAUUGAUGUUGGAAAUGAUGAGAAAUAUGAUGUGAAAAAUGGUCUGAAAACCUUCUUUGAACAUUCAAAACUUGAAGAGGAUGACUGGAUGUACUGUGAUAAAUGUGACCAAAAAACAGAAACAGAAACUUGGAGUGCAAUAGAUGAUUAUCCCACUGUUUUAACUCUGCAUCUGAAGAGGUUUGACUUUGAUUACAUGCAGAUGAGUUACAAGAAGAACGAAUGUUGUCUGGAUGUACCUCCAAGUCUACACAAUGGGGAUAAAUGGCCUAAAUAUGAUCUUUAUGCUGUUAUCAACCAUAGGGGUGGAUACACUGGUGGACACUACGAUGCAAUCAUCAGAUCAUAUGAAAAUGGAAAAUGGUACUGUUUUGAUGACUACACAGUAAGACAGACUUCAGAAGCAUCACUGAAAAACUCUCACCUACCAUACAUGCUGAUGUACAGGAAAGGUAAAGCUGUGUUGAGCCAUGACAGCGUACUGCAUCCGAUGAGGAUCCUUCUAAUGGGACCUUCCAGAGCUGGGAAAAGUGCAGUAGGCAACAUCAUCCUUGGUGGAAAUUACUUUACUUGUGGAAGUGGAUCAGAGACUGUGACCAAAGCGUCCAUGGCAAAGACAGUGGGAAAGAUCACUGUAGUGGACACUCCCAACCUCUUUUCCCUUGAUGAACAGAGUUGGAGCCGUGAAAUGGAAAAAUGCAUUGAGUUAUGUGACCCUGGCCCCAAUGUGAUUCUCUGGGUCACACCGAUAUGUACAUUUAGUGAACAACAGCAAGGUCUUUUCCAUGCCUUCAGAAAACGACUAGAUUCAGGAAUGACAAAACAUAUGAUGAUUAUCUUCACAAAUGGCAGAGAGCUUAAAAAACUUGGGCAAACCAUUAACACAUUUAUCAAACGCAGCAAACUUAGUAAAGUUGUCGGCAGUUGUCAGAACAGGUACCAUGUCAUUGACAUCCCUAAUGGCCACAAUUACACUCUAGAACUACUUGAAAAUCUGAGCAAGAUGGUGACAUCAGAGUUUACUGCAAUUUCAAAAAGACAAUUUAAGCAUUGUAUUAGACGGAAAAAGUUCUUAAGAAGAAAAUCCCUUAAAACUUUGAAGAUGUUAAAAAGUGAUUAAACGUCUUGGGUCUGGCAGACAAAAUAACUAAAAAGAAAAGUGCACAAAAGAGAAGAUGAAAUCUUCUGGAAGAUGGUGAAUAAGUGAAUAUUUAGAAUUUCCUUUGCAUUUUCUUUUGUUAUCUAAUUUUUAGUUUUCACUUACAUAUUUUUAAAUGAUUUGAGUUGGUAAAGCUUUUUAUUUUCCAUGCUAUUUUUUGGUACAAAAAGGGGGUGGGUCAGCUUACCCACUGGCUCAGCUUAACUCACUCUCCCCUACUUCCAUUGAAGAUGAGGCAGAAGCAGGCUCAGAGAGUGAGGGAGAGCCCAUUCUUAUUAAAACAUCUACAAUAAAGUCUGAAAUUAUUA